AUGGCAUCUACAGCAGACAACGUAUACGAGCUCUACCGGCCCUCAAAAAUAUUGGCGCUUGUCGUUUGCGUCGUAUUCGCAGUUCUCACUCUUGUUCAUCUAUGGAAUAUCUUUCGCUACCGAAAGUGGUUCUGCCUCACUCUUGUCCUCGGAGGACUCUUUGAGACCGCGGGUCUUGCCGCAAGGAUAUACUCGACCGACCACCUACGAGACCAAGGAUCGUACGGCACGCAAACACUCCUGAUCCUCCUGGCGCCCAUCUUCUUCUCCGCGGCAAUCUACAUGUUCCUCGGCCGAAUCAUCCGCGCUUCUGACCAUCCAGACCUUUCCAUCAUACGAAUACCAUGGCUUUCCAAGUUCUUUGUAAUAGGCGAUGUCUUAUGCUUCGUCGUUCAGGCUUGCGGCGCAGGAAUGCUCGUCAACGCCAACAAUACAGCUGAUGAGAACAGUGGGGAAAACGUUGUUCUUGCUGGACUGGCUCUUCAGGUUGUCAUAUUGGUCAUCUUCCUACUCUGUACGGGAACAUUUCAUGCACGACUUGCGAGAAGAGGACUCAUUGGGGCGAUUAAUCCGAACCUCUUGUUGGUUAUAAUGCUCAGUGAGCUAUAUGCCUGUGCGAUACUGAUUCUAUUCCGAAACGUGUUUCGACUGGUUGAGUUUGGGCUUGGGGAUGAUGGAUAUUUGCAGGCGCAUGAAUGGCCGAUUUACGUACUUGAUAUUCUCUUCAUGGCUAUCGUUAUGGCGUUGUCAUUGAAUUGGUACGCCGCUGAUCUGACGGCUGAUCAUAAUCCUUAUAGACAACAACCAAUGUCUGGCACGGCUUAG